AUGGCGACCAUCGAAAAGACCAAAGAGCAGCCCAAGAAGCUCCCCGUCCAGGAUGACCUCUCGGACGGCGAAGACUAUGACAGCGCCGAUGAUUAUACCGAUGAGGAGUCAGAAGAGGAAAUCCCCCAAGCCCAGAAGAAAAAGCAGCUCCAAAGGCGGAAACAGCCUGUCCAGCAAGAUGAUGACGACGAAUACACCGACGAAGAUGACUAUGAUGAAUAUGACUAUUCGGACGACAGUGGCGACGACGCCAUGCAACCCUAUUCCAAACAAAACUCAAGCUUCAAGCCCAACGGUGGGAUGGAUGUCCUCCACAAGGAGGAGCCGUCAAUGCUGGAUCAGGAGGGCAUGAAGCUGAGGUUGGAACUCAACCUGGAGAUCGAGGUGGAAUUGAAGGCACGCAUUCACGGCGAUCUUACCUUGGCUCUCAUCUCAUUGUACCAAUUAUACAAAUCACAACUGCUCAAUCUCUCUCUCUCCCUCUUUCUUACUAUAUUUCUUUCUUUCUUUCUUGUUUCUUGCACAUCACUCUCAUCUGACUCCACCAUGUCUUCCAAAGACUUUAUCAUCAAGCAUAUGAAUGCGGACCACCAAGAUUCCCUCGUGCUAUUCCUCCGAGCUUACUGCGGCAUCACCUCCUCGCAAGCCAAAUCCGCCAAGCUGGAAGACAUCAAUCUGACGAACCUGAUCAUCACCGCCCACGGCACCCGGUACAGCGCCCCGAUCGAACCCCCAAUGAAGAACUACUCCGAGGCCCGCAGCCGCAUGGUCGCAAUGCACAAGGAGAGCUUGCGACGUCUCGGCCGUAGCGACAUCACACUCACCGAAUAUCGUGCUCCACGCGGUUUUCCGGUAGUGGUCUUCGGCUUGUGCCUCUUCUUCUACGUCAGCUGCUUCCAACGCAGUAACCUGCUGCCGGGCUCGUUCGUCUACGAGUACUUCGGAUACAAGUUUGUGCCGGACUUGGCGCACUUUUUCUACAAUAUCCAGCCGUGGUUCUUUCCCUUGGUCGUAGGUAUCCAUGUCUUCGAGACCGUGCUGUUGAUCGUCACCCAAUUGAGACCGCUGGGUGUCCCGGUUCUCUCGGCGCUGUGGUGCAAGUGGGUUGCUUCGUGUCUCGUGGAAGGGUUCGAUACAUUCCAGCGCAUCAAACAGAUCGUUCAAGAGGAGAGGGAAAAGAAGGGCAAGAGUCAAUAG